GUACUCUCUUUCGAUCUCGAUCUCAGAGAGGAAACGAGGCAGCCACGGCCUCCUUGCCCCCCCCCCCUUCUCUCCCUCUCUCCCGUGCCUCCGCGCUGCACACCGCUGCUGCUCCCCAACCACGGCGCUAUGAUGGUGCUUGCUCGCCUGGUCGCCGCCUCGUCUCGCCCAAUCUUGAUAUAGUCCGGGGCGGCGCCGGCACCGCUCGACCGCGUCGUUGCCUCCUCUGCGUCAUGAGAAGCGCCACCAUUGCCUCCACCCCCACUGGGCAAGGAGCUCGAGGUGUUUGGGGGUUCGUGUUUCCUACACAGGCCAAAACACUAUUGGAGUUUGAAACCAGUCGUUUGGAGCAGAUCAGCUCAAAAGAGAUCCUUUGUACCAUUUGCAGACUACCCAUCUCCCUCUGGCCUGGAGUCUCGCUCGCCUCUGUUUUCCCCCUGUGGACACACAUGAGACUCAGAUCUUGGCUCGUCGUAGAGGAAUCGAUAGCAAGAAUCAACCAGAGAAAGGAUGUACACAAGCCUCACGCAUACACACAGUGCACAUCCAGGCCGUGCAGUACACCAUGACCCUCUCACCUUUGCCCAUGCCUGUUAUACGUGUGCAAAGCAUGCCAAUAGUGCCC